GCAUGAGAAAAGGGGUAGGUGGCGUGAUUUAAGUAUUAGCAGUUUGCCUUUGCCUGCCUGAGCUUACUUGAAUCACCUUGGUGUUCUAUUGCCCGUUAUGCGUAUCAGGCUACCAUCAGCGUCAUGGCGGAAGAAAGCGGCUACGCCAAGAUCUUGCUUUGGAGGAUUUCGUGCCUCUUGAAGAUAUUGUUGCACGAAGUGUUGCAGGAGUCAAUGCCCCCAGCUCUCCGCGCCCUGCUGUUCCAAGGAAGGAACCUGUUUAGCUUUUUGCGUGACUUUCAGGAUUUUAGCCUUACGAAGAUGUGGAACGAGAAGACGAUGUGGUACAUGCUCCCCGUGUUCGUUUGUGAAGGACUAAGUGAGGAGGUGUACACCCUCAUGCUGAGGUCGCAAACCUGGGAUAAGCUGGAAGCUUCUCUGGAGUUGAGGUUCCCAGAGGAUGGGGUGGAAUGCAGGCUUGGUAAGGUCCAUGAGCAGCCAGCCGAGGCCGCGUCAACGCAAGGAGAGCUGAGUGGUAUACAGAGGCAAGCUGGGAUGCUGGAAGAGAGGUUGGCGCGGUUAGAAGAGGCCGGGUGUGGCAAGAGGAAGGCCUUUGAAGAAGCUUCAAACGGACCGGCUGGGCAGGAUGAGGCGGAGGUAAGGGAGGAUCAUCAGGAGUUACUCCUCCACAAGAAGACCCCGAGAGGGCAAGUUUGCGUCCUAGAAAGAGAUGAAGAUGAGGGGGUCAUUGAGAUUAAGGAGGAGCGAGAAUCUAGUAUGACCCUACCCGUUAUUGCGUCGGAGCCGAAGGGAGGGCCCAUUGACAGAGAGGCACCCUCGGCUGCGGGUCGGGAGAGGCGAAGGAGUAUGGUUGUGGUUCGGACUCGGGAUGUGAUUGCCUGCGAUUUCAUACAUAUAUGGCUGAGAGGAGCCUCAUUGUGACUGUGAGAAGUGAUCGUCCUAUAUAAUUAACCCUUACGUAUUUAUAAGUGCCCUGAGCAUUUGAGAG